AUGCCUCGCAAGAAGAUGAUGAAAGCUUGUAUAAAAUGCAAGCAACGCAAGAAAAAAUGCUCGGGACAGCUCCCCUGCGAUUACUGUGUUAAGAUAGAGCAGCCUGGAGGAUGUGAGUACCGCACGAGAACGAAAUCCAAGGUGGUAAAAGUGACCGAACGAUACAUAUCUUCAUUAAAAAACAAGAUUCGUGCCCUCGAAGCUGAACUAGCCAAGGCUUCUGAGGGCCCCGACAGCGAGGGCUGCCUGGAGGACGGAGCGACCUCGGCAGAAGUCAACCCCUUGAUAGAGCCUGAGUUCAGGCUUACACCUGACCUAGACAGCCCAAAACAAGAAAGCUUGACGAUCGGCUCAGUCGAGCACUGUGUUCAAGCGAGCCAACAUUCAAAACAAUUUUUGGGAAUGUCCUCGUGUGUGCAAUACUUAGCAAAGCUGAAGCAAUCAUUGGUAAACUCUUGCGGAAGCUCUACGGAGCAUUUUGUAGCUACGGAUGGCGGCUGGCCCCCAAAUGAUCUCGAUAUAAAUCGAAGUUUCGUUGAGAACGUGGCAACAAAGGAACUUCCUGACCUAAGAAAAGCUAAAGAGCUUAUUGAGAUUGCUCAUGAAAUUAUCGGCGCCGACUACAUGUUUUUGGAGACCGGUUAUUUUGAGGACACCGCACAACACCUCAUUUGUAAGAACCCACCGCCACUUCAAUCAGAGGCCAUUAUUGAAUACACAACAGAGCUACUUAGACUUGUAGCACAUCUCGCUCUGGGUUCACUUUUCGAUAAAGAAAAUGCUGAGUCAAGGUCUUUGGGAUUAAAGUAUCAUAGAACCACGUUGCUACUCUAUAGCGAGUUGGUGAAAACAUAUGAUUGUGCUGCCAGUACAUCGCUCAUACUAUCGCUAUUGUAUAUGGCGUACUUCUCUUUGUCUUUGAACAAAGCUACCUCGGCGUUUGUUAUGACAGGCAGUGCCAUACGAACAAUGUUUACGCUGGGCCUUCACAAAAGAACAAAAACUAUUGUUGAAAACCGAGUUUUUUGGCUAUGCUUUAUCUACGAUAGACUCUUGGCCGUUAGAUUCGGGUUUCCUUUGAUGAUAGAUGAACGCAAUAUCAACAUUCCGCUUCUCACUGAGGUUGAUGACAACUUGACAGCAGUCUCUCUGGACAUCUACCACUUUGUUUCUCAGGUUCGUCUUGCAAAAAUUACAACCCAAAUCAUCACGAAAAUUUACACGCGAAACCCAUACUCAUUUCUUCAUAACUGCCACGCAGUUCUAAAGCAGCUGAAAAAUUGGUUUGAAUCUUUGCCAGCAGAAUUGAAGUUUGAUUACAACGAUAUCAAAACUGCAACGACCCGAUCGACCUUCAACCUCCAUAUCAAUUAUAAUUAUUCGAUCAUAAUAGCUACUAGACCUGUCCUGCUCUACGUUUUCAACAGUAUUCUCACGGAGAACCGAACCAAAGAGAAGAUAUAUGAAGCGCGUCAACUUGAACUGAUAUCGGUGCUGCUGGAGUCAUGUGUUCAAGCUGCAGAGAUCCAAAGUCGAAUAUUGGCAAAGUUAUAUUAUGACGGUAAGUUGGCCAAUCGUUCGUUCUUAGAUUGUCACUAUAUCUUUAGUGCAACAACCGUUCUUAUUUUAACGGGCUACUGUUCGAUGCUUUCAGGAGAAUCCAUUGCUUUUUCUGGAGAUAUUGAAGGCCUUUUUGAUUUCAUACAGCACAAUCUCAAGAUACUGCAGGGGCUCUCAGAGUACAACCUUGCCGCUAAAAACUUCAACAAGCAAUUAACGGAGUUAAUAGACAUGAUGAGCUCAGAUGAGGUAGUAAAAGCUCUAGCAACAGGGCGUUCCCAGAAUGACCCCACCUCUGUUGAUUUUCAGCAGGCCGUUGCAAGUCCGCGUCCCAUGUCACGAAUUCUAAGGAAGAGGGGAAAUAAUCCGCCGAAAGAUUUUGAAGAAAUCGGCUACGUGGAUCUUUCUCAGUUGGUCAACAAUAUGGACGCCGAAUUUCGCUCAGGAUCAACUACAGACUUGUUCUUAGAUGAAGACUUCAUGAAUUAUGCAAGUGGUUCCCUUUGA